GCCCGUGGGCGGAGCCAUCUCUGACAGGCGCUUUGUGUGCGUGUUGUGCCACUCCUAAGAUGGCGCUCUCCAGGGGUGUCCGGUUCCUGGCGGCGGGGUUCCCGCUGUGGUGUUGUCUAUGGUGGUCGCACUGGGUCUGUACGACCGCUGAUGAUGGCGGCAUCCUGAAGUGUGACGAGCUGCGCCUAGGACAAUAUGUGUGCACAGUUCCCGAAAUAAACCCAGCAACGCAAGAGCCCGUAAAAUGUGCAAAUUAUACAGCGUUUGCUCCCUGUUUCCCAGCACCUAAUAUUUCCUGUAAAAAUUUUGAGGGCGUUGUGACGACUUUCUCUGGAAAGGAGCUCGGCUUCUACAGACCCGUUCCCUGCCGCAGUGUGAAUGGUUAUUCCUACAAAGUGGCCGUGGCUCUGUCUUUGUUCCUUGGAUGGUUGGGAGCUGAUAGAUUUUAUCUGGGUUACCCUGCUCUAGGAAUGCUGAAGUUCUGCACGGUCGGUUUCUGCGGCAUUGGAAGUCUCAUUGACUUUAUCCUCAUCUCCAUGCAGAUCGUUGGACCAUCUGAUGGAUCCAGUUAUAUAAUUGACUAUUACGGAGCUAGACUCAUCCAUCUGAGCAUCAAUAACGAGACAUUCAGAGAGUCGCAGUUAUACCCAUAAUCUGAUGAUUUUCAGAAAUUCCCGUAGUUCGAAGAUCACUUUUUUACUGAAGGAUGCGGGAAUCGUUCAUGUUUGAUACCGUGCACAGGUUUCCUCAGACGGGUCCGAUACCAUUGCCGGGGGGACUAAAAAAAAGACCGUAAAAACCUUCAAGAAGUGAGCACCAAAUGAAGAGUUUUCCGAGAAAUGAGCAGUCAAGGUCGGUUCUUCCUUACAACCAGCGACGACAUAAGUUGGACUGAGUAACUUAACAGUAUGUUUUUGCGUAUUGGGAGUCGGGGGGGCUUGUACAGUAAUAUUUAUUUUUCCAUAUAAUUUUAUUUUUCACUUUUUUUUUUUUUUGUUGUAAUCCACGGAAUUUCACACCACCCGGGACUUCACACCAGUCUACCAUUGGUUUAGGCUGGGCGUCAAUACAAUUGUUUGAACGGAUUGUAGGUCUUUCCCAGCACCGCUAACCUUGACGGAACGGGGUUUUGAGCAGUAAAUAUAGUUUCUUGUGCUUACAAGACUCCGAACAGAACAUUGCUUUUAAUCUAUCAUAGUGUUAUCAGUAUCUGCCAAGAGCUGCGGCUCUGAAACAUAAGGAAUGAAUUAGGUUUUGGACUAUUUGUGUUGCUGCAGCUAAAUUAUUUUCCACCAUUAGAUUUCAAGAGAACAUUGUAUUGAUCCAGAAUGUGCCGGAAUUCUUUUGCAGCUCAGGAAUAUGUAUACAGACAGUCACCUGUAACUUUCUUCUCUCUUUACGCUGUGUUAUUUGGUGCCAACCUCUGCAACUGGUGCCCGCUGUCAGUUUGGAUUGGGCCGGAACCCUCACCAACAGUUGAAAAUUUCAGGGAAUCCUGGCAGGAUUCUUUAAUGUUGUGUCCAGUUUUUGUAUAUACAAUAAAUAUUUCUACAGUGGCGGAUGGCAAUAAAAUGUAACUAUUAA